AUGGUCGCACCUAACGGAAACGGACAGCACCAGCGCGUGCUCCGCGCGGGGGUUUGGGCACCGAUCCCGGCGUUUAUGAACGACAACGAGGAGCUUGACAUCCCCACCUUCCAGUCCCACGUCGUCGCGCUCGCGCAGGUCGGCAUGCAGCCUGUCGUUAACGGGAGCAUGGGCGAGGCGCACCACCUCACUGCUGAGGAGCGGACGACCCUCAUCCGCGCGGCGCGUGAGGCGCUCGAUGCCGCGGGGCUGCAUGACACUGUCAUUAUUGGUGGGACCGGCGGCAACUCGACCCGCGCGACCAUCGCCCUCUGCAAGUCGGCCGCCGACGCCGGUGCCGACGUCGCCAUUGUUAUCCCCCCUGGAUACUUUGCUGGCGCCCUCUCCAAGGCUGCCAUCAAGCAGUUCUUCGCCGACGUCGCUACGGCCUCUCCCAUCCCUGUCAUGAUCUACAACUACCCCGGCGCAGCUGGCGGUCUCGACAUUGACAGCGACACUGUGGUCGAGAUUGCGCGCGAGAACCCCAACAUCUGUGGUGUCAAGCUCACCUGCGGUGCGGUCGGCAAGCUCACCCGCAUCGCUGGCGGCACUCAGCCCUCUGCCCUAUCCAAAUUCCCCCGUGCUGCCGCCGUCGCCCCCGAGUUCGUCACCCUCGGUGGCUUUGCCGACUUCCUCCUCCCCACUGUCGGCGCUGGGCGUGCCCACGGCGCAAUCAUGGGCUUGGCCAACAUCUACCCCCGGUCCAUUGUCAAGCUGAUGACCCUCGCCCUCAAGGAGCAGAAGGACGAGAUCACCAAGGAGGAGAAGCAGGAGGCUCUUCACCUGCAGGACCUCUGUGCUGGGGCCGACGCGGCGUUCGCUCGCGCCGGCAUCGCCGGUACCAAGUGGUGGCUCAAGCAGCACUCUGGGGUUCCGUGCGCGCGCGUCCGCCGCCCCAUCCUCGAGACGAGUGAGGAGGCCGGCAAGGCGCUCAAGGCCGACGCAGCGAUCCAGGCGUUCUGGGAGGUCGAGCAGGCGCUCGCAAAGUAA